CAGAAUUAACUUGUAAACAAAAGGAAAUAGCCUUCGAAGCUUUCAAAUAUAUGUAUGUACAUCUUGUAUUCGACAUUGCAUACUUAUUGGAUUUUAUUAAAAACUACAUAGAUUCACCAACAAACUAUACAAAUGUGACGAAUGUAAUAAAUUGAUAACCUUAAUUAACCAUCAUCUAUGAAAACCAUGCCAGUUGAACUAAACAGCCUCACAGAAGGAUGGUUGGAGUUAGAAAGUGAUCCGGGUCUUUUUACGUUACUGCUAGAAGACUUUGGAGUCAAAGGAGUGCAAGUUGAAGAGAUUUACGAUUUGCACAAACCUUUAGAAAGUCCCGUGUAUGGUUUUAUAUUCCUAUUUAGAUGGAUAGAAGAGAGGAGAUCCCGUCGAAAGUUUGUAGAGCAAAUAGAGAGCUUCGUUCGCGAUGAAGAGACUAUCAACAAUAUAUUUUUCGCGCAACAAAUGGUGCCAAAUAGUUGUGCCACACAUGCCUUGCUAUCUAUACUAUUGAACUGUCCAAACUUACACCUUGGUGAAACUUUGAGCAGACUGAAGCACCACACCAUGGGAAUGAACCCAGAGAAUAAAGGAUGGGCUAUUGGAAACACACCAGAAUUAGCAUGUGCUCAUAACUCGCAUGCCAUUCCUCAGGCACGAAAGAAAACUGAUAAAAAUGCUGGAGUCUCCACUGGCCGCUUCACAGGGGAAGCUUACCAUUUCGUCAGUUUUGUUCCUAUAAAUGGUCAUUUAUUCGAAUUAGAUGGUCUUAAGCCAUACCCCACUGACCAUGGGCCUUGGGCCAUUGACGAAGACUGGACAGACAAAUUCAGAAGAGUUAUGGCAGAAAGGUUAGGUCGAGAUGCUGGUGAACAAGUACAUGAUAUAAGGUUUAAUUUGAUGGCUGUAGUUCCUGACAGAAGGAUUGCUUUAACACAGAAGCUCAGUUCACUUGAACUUAAUCAAAAGAGAGUGAAAGAAGCCAUGUCUAAGAUUGGGAAACAUUUACGGCAUCUAUUAGCAAAAAGAGAAUAUGAUGAACAAGGAGAACUUAUUCAACCACUGAACCAUAAUUUAGGAGAAAACAUGGUACAAAUAAGUGAAGAGAAUAUGCUAUCAUCUUUGGAAUCGGCCCAAGUUCAGAUGUACGAUUUGGAUUACACUCAGCCGAUCACCAUUGAGAUUGGGGCUACUGACCACCCACAGCAGGACAACAGCUUGCUUUUAGCAAACCCAGUUGAACAAGGUGCCAUCGUCAAGUUCUUCACACUAAACAGAGACAAUGAAAUAAUAGGAGAUAUAUACCCAUCUUCCACAACAGCGAUAGUAAGAAGUAACGAGUGUCCGAUAGUGAUGUGCUUCGAGUCGGCGGCCGAGCAGCCGUUCAAGCCACGCAAGCUAUUGCUAACGCACGCGGAGCUGAAUGCUCUCAUGACUAGUAUAGUGAGCGAGGUGCAAGCAUGUCAGCAGGCUUUGAACGACGAAAACGAUAAGAGGGAUAUGUAUAAGGUGGACGACUGCCGGCGCACGCACAACUACGACGAGUUCAUCUGCACGUUCCUGUCGAUGCUGGCGGAGCAGGGCGCGCUGGCCGAGCUGGUGGCCGCGCAGCUGGAGCGGGGCCGCGCGCCGCGCGUGCGCCGGCGCAGGCCGCGCCCCCGGCCGCGCGCCAGGCCGCGCCCGAGGCCGCGCGGCAGGAAGUGAAUGGAAACGUUCAGAGGAGCGCGCGACAAAACUGAAAUCGGAAUUCGCUUACGCUUUGUAUACUUUUUUGUAAAUGCACUUCGUUCUAACAUUAAAUAGAACGCGUUACGAAACGUUAACAAUUAAUUUAAUUGACAAGUUUUUUUCUCAGAUUUAGUACAUAUUUAUAAAUUAGGUAAAAUGUCAUGUAACAAUUUGUUGCUGAUUUUUCUACAUACAUCGUUUUAGGAACGAAACUGCUUUACCUUGAUACCUAUUUAGUUAUAUUUAAACAUUCACAACUGUUUAAUCUCAACAAUUUAUAAC